CCCUUAUGGCCAACUUUCCCCCUAUUUAAACCUCUCUAUUCCUCUAAACCCUCUCCACACAUUUGUUUGUCAAACAACCAACUAGAGAACUUAUAUUCCUUCUUGAUCUCUUUUCUCCUCUUUGCUCUUUUGUCCCACUAAAUCUAUCCAAAAAAAAAGUAGUAGACAAAACUGAGUUAUUUGCAUUAUUUCAGGAACUUCUUUAUGAAUCAAUAUUGUAAUCCUUGUUCACCUCUAAUGGUUCAUGCACUUGAACAAGAUGAUUUCUUUACUGGUAGAUGCAUACUAGUAAAUGGUCCUGUUAUUAUUGGAGCUGGUCCGUCAGGACUAGCAGUUGGCGCUGGUCUUAAACAACAAGGGGUUCCCUUUGUAAUCUUGGACCGCGCCAACUGCAUUGCUUCCCUAUGGCAAAACAAGACAUAUGAUCGCCUUAAACUUCACCUCCCGCGACAAUUCUGUGAAUUGCCUUACUUCCCAUUUCCAGAAAACUUCCCUGAAUAUCCUACUAAGUACCAAUUCAUAAGCUACCUUGAAUCUUAUGCAAAAAAUUUCGAGAUCAACCCACGAUUUAAUGAGUCGGUCCACACUGCUAAGUAUGAUGAAACUUGUGGCUUGUGGAGGGUAAAGACAGUGUCUAAAAAUGGUUCAAUCACUGAAUAUAUAUGCAGGUGGCUUGUGGUGGCUACAGGAGAGAAUGCAGAAAAGGUGGUGCCCGAAUUCGAAGGGUUGCAAGAUUUUGGUGGACAUGUUAUGCAUGCUUGUGACUAUAAAACAGGGGAAACUUAUGAAGGGAAGAAUGUGUUAGUUGUUGGCUGUGGGAACUCAGGCAUGGAAGUUUCACUUGAUCUUUGCCAUCAUAAUGCAAGUCCAUCCAUGGUUGUCCGAAGCUCGGUUCAUGUUUUACCAAGGGAAAUUCUUGGAAAAUCGACGUUUGAGUUAGGAGUUUCGAUGAUGAAAUGGCUACCAAUUGAGAUGGUUGACAAGAUAUUGCUAGUUGCAGCAAGGUUACUUCUUGGAAAUAUAGAAAAGUAUGGUUUAAAAAAGCCAACCAUAGGACCUUUACAGCUCAAGAACACGGAAGGGAAGACUCCUGUCUUAGACAUAGGUGCAUUACAAAAGAUUAGAUCUGGAGAUAUAAAGAUAGUUCCUGGAAUCAAGAAAUUUUCUCAAGGAAAAGUAGAAUUUGUUAAUGGGGAAAUUCUUGAAAUUGAUUCUGUCAUCUUGGCAACAGGAUAUUGCAGCAAUGUUCCUUCCUGGUUAAAGGAAAAUGAAUUUUUUUCAAGGGAGGGAUUUCCAAAAAGCCCAUUUCCAAAUGGAUGGAAAGGAAAAGCUGGUCUAUAUGCAGUUGGAUUCACAAGAAAAGGACUCUCUGGUGCAUCUUUGGAUGCAAUUAAAGUAUCACAACAUAUUGGCAAAAUAUGGAAAGAAGAAAUUAAGCAGAAAAAUCAAUCUGUUGCUGUUGCAAGUCAUAGAAGAAGCAAGUUACCUUUCUAAUGCCAAGCUAAUAUGAUAAUUUUUUUUUUUAAAUUUUUACCUUUUCUUCCUGUAAUUUUACUUGCCAAGUAACAA